GAUUACAAAAAUGUCACUUUAACAUUGCAAAUACUCCGCUCUAUGGCAAAUAGGAAGUGUCGAUGUCUGGUGUGACGUGUCUUUGCGUGGCACUUGCGGUACACUUGGAUUGUUGUAAAUGUAGAUUAGUGGGGAAACACUUUUCGGUGGCAACUGGUGGCGGAGGUAACUUAGCUAACAUAAGUUUAUUAUAAAGUAACAUUUUUAGUAUUAAAAAAGGAUAAAACAAAAAAAAAUGGUAAAACCUGUAAGAAAAACCUCAAAUAAAAACCCACCAAUAUUUAGUCACGAAUUUGUCAUACAAAAUCAUGCUGAUAUAGUUUCUUGUGUUGCAAUGGUGUUUGUAGUUGGCCUUAUGGUCCAGGCUACGUCACCAUUGGCUUCAAUUUUUAUAACUCUGCAACAUAAUGUUACUGAAGCUGGAGAAGUGCCCCUUUACAGCCCUGGGGUAAAAGAUUGGGCUUGUUUAUUUUUCUACAGUUUAAUAUGCAUAGUGAUUCAUGCUAUUAUUCAAGAAUAUGUAUUAGAUAAAAUUUCUAAGAAAUUACAUCUUUCGAAAUCAAAACUGGCAGUAUUCACCACUAGUGGACAAUUAUCCAUUUUCUACCUAAUAUCUGCAGGAUGGGGUAUUGAUAUUGUAAUUAAAGAGAAUUUCCUAUUUGAUAUAUCUCGUUUAUGGUCUGAUUACCCAUCUCCAAUGCCUUUCUUAACUAAAUUGUAUAUAAUUAUACAAUUGGCUUAUAAUCUCCAUGAGAUUCCUGAAUUGUACUUCCAGAGGACUAAGAAGGAGGAAUAUGUCGGAAAGGCUACACAAAGUUUGGCAGCUUUUUCACUUAUUUUCAUUCCUUAUUUUUUGAACUUCAAUCAUUUGUUGGUAUGUUUAUUGGUUCUCCACCAUCUUGCAGAAUUAGUUUUUCACAUUUUCCAACUAGUUCAAACUGUAGAUAAAGAUGAAAAAUUCUCUAAAAUUACCUCUAUGGUGUCAAACUGCAUACAACUAUCAGCUCGUGUUGGUAGCAUAGUUUUGGCGAUUUUGACUUUAUGGUAUGGUUUAGCACUUGGGGAACAAAAAGAACUGGAUCUACAAACUGGUUACUUCAAUACUCCCGUUAUCCGUAUUGGUGUCUUGGUAGGAGUUCUCGGGCUUCAACUAUAUUUGACAUUCAACAUAAUUAGUCAAGAAAUUGCCAGAUCUCGUGAAUCGCAAGUACUCAAUGUUACUCCUAAAACCAAGACACAAAAGAAAGAUAAAUCUAAGAAAAGUAAGAAAAGUGAUGAAUCAGAUUUACCUGAAGUAGAUCAAAACACAAACAAGACUUUGAAGAAACAGAAAGCAAAAUAAAUGUGUUAUAAACGCGCUCUAUUUUUUUAUAAUUGAUUUUUAUUUUUCCAUCCGUUCCUAUAGUAUAUAUCACAUGUUUAAUUGAAAUUGUCUUUUUUAAAAAGAUUUAUUUACAUUAAGUAUAUUUUUUUAUUACAAUAAUAAUUGUAAGUUUGUCAAGUCCCUCCAAAAUCCAUUUUGAAUAAAUUGUUGAAUAAAC